ACAACCAACAAUGUCACCAAAACUAAACUGACACAAAAAAUCUGAUUGUCCGCUUUUCAGUUGUGGAUUUAACGUUCAGAGCAAUUCGUUUAUUAAAAUUAACGCCCAGUUUUAUAUUGAGUGUUGUGUGAUUUUAAACGAUGCUGGUAUAGCUACCAGUCUGUUUAAGAUUGAUAGUUUAAAAACUAGCUCGCAGUAAUCGAUAUUUUUGGAAAUCGACCGGUUAUAAAGACAAUGGAAGCUUUAAUUCCUGUUAUCAAUAAAUUGCAAGACGUUUUUAACACCGUCGGAUCAGAUGCCAUUCAAUUACCCCAAAUUGUGGUCUUGGGAUCACAAAGUUCGGGCAAGAGUUCAGUGAUUGAAAGCUUAGUUGGAAAGUCGUUUUUACCAAGAGGAACAGGGAUUGUUACAAGAGUACCCCUUAUUUUACAAUUAGUUUAUUGUCCUAAGGAUGAUAGGGAGCACAGAGCUGCAAUCGAUGGGACAAUGGAUGUGGAAGAGUGGGGCGUUUUUCUACAUUGCAAAAGCAAAAUUUUCAAAGACUUUGAAGAAAUCCGUCAGGAAAUCGAGAACGAGACCAACAAAAUUGCUGGAAGUAACAAAGGCAUUUGUGCCGAACCCAUCAAUUUGAAAAUUUACUCUACAAAGGUUGUGAAUUUAACUUUAGUGGAUUUACCGGGCAUUACCAAGGUACCAGUCGGAGACCAGCCUCCAGACAUUGAACAACAAAUUCGCGAAUUAGUCCUAAAAUACAUCGCUAAUCCAAAUUCAAUAAUAUUAGCUGUAGUAACGGCAAACACAGACAUGGCGACUUCCGAAAGCUUAGCAAUCGCGAAAGAUGUUGAUCCUGAUGGUCGCAGAACAUUGGCUGUCGUUACGAAACUUGACUUAAUGGACGCAGGUACUGACGCCAUUGAUAUUCUUUGCGGCCGAGUUAUUCCAGUAAAAUUAGGCAUAAUCGGUGUCGUAAAUCGCUCACAACAAGAUAUUAUGAACAACAAAUCGAUAAAAGAGGCCUUAAAAGACGAAGCGACAUUUUUACAAAGCAAAUAUCCCACUUUAGCCACUCGCAACGGUACUCCCUACCUUGCCAAAACCUUAAAUAGGCUUUUAAUGCACCACAUUAGAGACUGUUUACCUGACUUGAAGACUCGCGUGAACUUAAUGAUGUCCCAGUUCCAAUCACUGCUUAACUCAUACGGCGAAGAUAUUUCCGAUAAGAGCAAAACUUUGCUCCAGAUUAUCACAAAAUUCGCCUCAGCUUACUGCUCCACAAUUGAAGGCACUGCCCGAAACAUUGAAACGACUGAAUUGUGUGGAGGGGCGAGAAUUUGCUACAUUUUUCACGAGACUUUCGGGAGGACUUUAGACUCGAUCCACCCCUUGGCCGGUUUGACAAAAAUGGAUAUUUUAACCGCCAUUCGGAAUGCAAAUGGGCCUCGACCUGCCCUUUUCGUCCCGGAAGUUUCCUUCGAAUUACUAGUCAAGAGGCAAAUCCGACGUCUUGAAGAACCAUCACUGCGUUGCGUUGAAUUAAUCCACGAAGAAAUGCAACGUAUUAUACAACAUUGUGGAAGCGAAGUGCAGCAAGAAAUGCUGCGGUUUCCCAAACUGUACGAAAAAAUCGUAGAUGUUGUAACACAGUUAUUGCGGAGACGUCUUCCGACGACCAACCAAAUGGUGGAAAAUUUAGUGCAAAUCGAAUUGGCGUAUAUUAAUACCAAACAUCCCGAUUUUUAUAAAGAAAUAGCAAUGGUGCCAUCGAUGAUUAAAUCCGGGGACGGAUCUCGUCCAAAUCGACCAAAGAGUAUGCUAAUCAAACACCAUAAUACAGUGGCGGAGACUUCCGAGUUGAUUGCACGUGGUGCUGUAGAAGCAUCUGACCAAGCCGAUUUCUUUAAUUAUCUCUUUCGAAUAUUGCCCGUGUCUAGUUAUAAUGACUUCAUGAACGCUGUUCAGGUGCGUUCUUCGAGCAACCCUCACUUGAAUGAAGAUGCGACAACUUGGGUGUCUAAUUUAACCUCCUCCCAAAACGGAACGGAUACCGCUCUGACGAAUCACAUCAGCGGUGUGCCCGAAAGCGUAAAAAAUGAGGAGAUAAAAUCAGUUCUUAGUCCUGUGAAACCUGUCAAUUUGUUACCACAAGUUCCAAUCAACAGCAGUUCGUUCAGAAAGCUUUCUGAGAAUGAGGAACACGACUGUGAAAUUAUUGAACGCUUGAUUAAAUCGUAUUUCUACAUCGUUCGUAAAUCAAUUCAGGAUACAGUCCCGAAGGCGGUAAUGCAUUUCUUAGUGAAUUUUGUUAAAGACAAUUUGCAAUCCGAGUUAGUGACACAUUUGUAUAAAGCUGACAAUGCUGAUCAGUUGUUGGACGAGUCUGAGCACAUUGCUCAGAGACGCAAAGAAGCCGCAGAUAUGUUAAAAGCACUUCAAAAAGCUGCACACAUCAUUAGCGAAAUUAGAGAAACACACAUGUGGUAAACUUGCAGCCAUAUUCUCCCUAGUCAAGAGUAAGCGUGUACUGGCCCUCGAUGUUAAAGCUGUAUUUAAUCUUUACUUAAAAGGAUAAGAGUAACACUGAACGAUUUCGGAAUGUCUUGUUCAAAAACUUCAUAAAGCGAAAACGGAUAUUUGUUGAAGUUUUAUAAAAAUUUAAUUACCUUCCUGUAAAUAAUUGUACAAUUUUUAUCAAUUCUGACAUCUUUGUAAAGUUCAUCGAUUCUCAUUUUGGUCUGAUAUUAGACUUGUUACUCUCUUUUUAGUUGGUGCAUUACUGUAGAAAUCACUUUUUGAUGUUACACGCGCCAUAGUUGUAUUUCCUCGUAUUUCAAUAUUUUUGAUGCAUUUUUGUUCUAGCCUAGUUGCGCAUCAAUAAAUUAUUGAUUUGGUACAAA